AGGCCGUGAUCUCUGACCAGCAUCAAGUACCUGAAGGGUACAAGCAAGGAAACCUUUUGAGGGUCUGUUUUAAAACGGUUGUCUCGGGCAAUACAUUGUUUCAGGAUCUGAAGGAAUUUGUCUUAAUAUUCCUAAAUCCUUGAAAACUUUACUAUUUGGGAAGCAUUCAAGUAGGCUAUCCUAGUUAUAAGCCUAUACAUUUUUUUUCCCUUAAUACAUAAAGAUGGAGUUGUCGGAUAUUCCCUUCCCCAUCUCAUCAGCUGAUGAUUUCUACGACGAUCCUUGCUUCAAUACCAACGACAUGCACUUCUUUGAAGACCUGGACCCCAGGCUCGUUCACGUGGGCCUGCUCAAGCCCGACGAGCAUCACCACAUCGAGGACGAGCACGUGAGGGCACCCAGUGGGCAUCACCAGGCCGGCAGGUGCUUGCUGUGGGCAUGCAAAGCCUGCAAGAGGAAAACAACCAAUGCUGACCGCCGCAAAGCCGCCACCAUGAGGGAGAGGAGACGACUGGGCAAAGUCAACGAUGCUUUCGAGACCCUCAAGAGAUGCACGUCCACCAACCCAAACCAGAGGCUGCCCAAAGUGGAGAUUCUGAGAAACGCCAUUAGUUACAUCGAGUCUCUGCAGGCGCUGCUUAGGGGUCAAGAGGAAAACUACUACCCUGUUCUGGAGCAUUACAGUGGAGACUCGGAUGCGUCCAGCCCGAGAUCCAACUGCUCUGAUGGCAUGAUGGAUUUCAUGGGCCCUACAUGUCAGUCGAGAAGACGGCACAGUUAUGACAGCUCUUACUUCAACGACACGCCAAAUGCUGACGCACGGAAUAAUAAAAGCUCAGUGGUGUCGAGUUUGGAUUGUCUGUCCAGCAUCGUGGAGCGGAUUUCCACAGAGACCCCCGCAUGUCCCGUGCUGUCGGUACCGGAGGGGCACGAGGGCAGCCCGUGUUCUCCGCAGGAGGGGUCUGUCCUGAGUGAGAGCGGGGCCCCUGCACAGUCCCCGGCCAACUGCCCUCAACAGCAGCCUCAGGAUCCCAUCUAUCAAGUGCUUUAAAGAUCCGCAACAUUUCAAUGCAAAUUGAAAGAGACAAUCUAAAUCAAGAAACAUUCAGCAGAAAAAAUUGCAAAUCCGAUCUUAACGACAAAAGAAAGACUAUUUCGAUCCACUGCUGGAAACUAGGAACGAAUGAUCUUUCUUUCUUUCUUUCUUUCUUUCUUUCUUUCUUUCUUUCUUUCUUUCUUUCUUUCUUUCUUUCUUUCUUUCUUUCUUUCUUUCUUUCUUUCUUAUGCUGUGGAAAAUCUAAUUCCUUUAUGAAAAUGGCUCGGAUCAGCAAGUGAGUUUCUUAACUACGCUUAUUUAUAUUAUUGUAUCCAUGUGAAAAUGUGACCAUAUUUUUUCUCCCCCUUUGUGAUAUAUUUUAUGUCGCCAUCACCUUUGAUUUCCUAAUUAUUCACGAGAGAAUCGUAAUCCAGAUACGGAUAGUAGGACCACUUUUGUAUAUGUGUAAAUAAGAUCUGUUUUGUUAAAGCGACGAAAACGAACAAACAUAUUAUUGUAUUUAAUGAUGAUGCCUGUUUGAAACACUAGCUUGUUGUGUCUUGUGUUAAACUUUAUAUUUAUACUUCUUAAAUGAGUGAAUGUCGGAUUAAUAAAAAAUAGCCUAUAACUAUUUAUA